AUGGAUACAGAUGCUAUUGAAGUUGGAGAUCAAUUAAUGCCUUAUUAUGAGGAUGACACGAGAACCGGCAGAAGGAUAACGGAAGUAUUAGGUUUUAGAAACUUGAAAAACUCUGCGUUGACAGCGCUAAGAGACGAGGAAAACGACGAUGACAAAGUUAAAAGCCCCACACCCGAACUAAGGACUUAUAAUAUUAAGUUGGGAUGGAUACAGGGGGUUUUAAUACCAUGCCUAUUAAACAUCUGGGGUGUUAUGCUGUUCUUGCGCAUUGCAUGGAUCGUGGCUCAAGCGGGUAUUGGUCUCACCAUAGCCAUCAUCUGCUUGUCAGGAGUCGUCUGUAUCAUAACAACGUUGUCUCUAAGCGCAAUAUGUACUAAUGGGGAACUACAAGGAGGUGGAGUGUAUUACAUUGUAUCGAGAUCACUUGGAGCAGAGCUCGGAGCAUCAGUGGGUAUCAUGUUCGCAUUUGCGAAUGCAGUAGCAGCCAGCAUGAAUACAAUCGGAUUCUGUGAAUCAUUGAACGAGUUGCUCAAAUCAUACAAUUUGAAAAUAGUUGAUAACGACGUUAACGAUAUAAGAAUCGUUGGCGCGAUAGCUUUGUUUGUCAUGUGUUUAAUAUGCGCUUUCGGUAUGGACUGGGAAACAAAGACUCAGAAUUUUCUUAUAACAAUUAUCGUAGUAGCAAUUUUUAAUUAUAUAUUAGGAGUUUUGAUUGGUCCUAUGAGCGUCACUGCUAAGGCUCAAGGUUUUGUAGCUGCAACGGCCGCACAAAAUCUAAUGCCAGAUUUUCGCUUCGACAACCGAGAGCACAAUUUCUUCUCAGUCUACGCUAUGUACUUUCCAGCUGUCACAGGAGUUCAAGCAGGUGCUAAUAUUUGCGGCGAUUUGAAGGAUCCAGCAACUGCAAUACCCAAGGGUACAUUGAUGGCUCUUGGUAUUUCAAUAACAACCUAUUUGCUGAUGGCCGUGCUUUGCGGUGUUGGUGCCCUGAGAGACGCCAGCGGAAAUCCAUCUGACUUUGAAACUGCCACUAUUGACGCUUGCAAACCAAACUGUCCGUAUGGCUUGCAUAAUAAUUAUGGGAUCAUGCAAUUAAUGGCUCUAUCCAGUGCUAUAAUUUAUGCCGGUUGUUGGGCAGCCACCCUAUCCACGGCUUUAACCAACCUGCUAUCAGUUCCACGACUGAUCCAAGCCCUGGGAGUAGACCGUAUAUAUCCAGGACUCAUCUUCUUUUCCAAACCAUACGGAAGGUACGGCGAGCCUUACCGUGGUUACGUUUUAACGUUCAUCGUGUCUCUAUUGUUUGUACUCAUUGCGGAUUUAAAUACGAUAGCGCCAUUAAUUACCAACUUCUAUCUAGCUUCAUACGCGCUUAUAAAUUUCUGCACCUUCCAUGCUGCCCUGUACUACAACAGGUGGUUGUCAUUACUGGGUUUUGUAAUGUGCAUAUCCAUCAUGAUGAUUAUCAGCUGGACGAUGGCUCUAAUUACGAUAUUUAUUUUCCUCACUCUCUAUCUCAUAGUGCUCUACAGAAAACCAGACGUAAAUUGGGGAAGCAGUACAGAAGCCCAAAGAUAUAAAGAGCUCGUGUCAUCUCUCGUACAAAUGUGCUACAUAUCGGAAAAUGUUAAGUCGUACAACCCUCAGCUCUUGGUGAUGGCCGGCAGCCCCUUUGUCCGUCCCGCAUUGCUGGAUCUGGGACAUCUGAUAACGAAGACUGGAUCAUUUAUGAUAAUCGCUCAUAUCAAUGAGACAUACAUGUCAUAUACUAACAGAAUAACACAGCAAGAAUUAGGUGAGGAAUGGUUACACUCGCGCAAGGAACGAGGGUUUUUCGUUGUUCUUGACGGUUGUUCCUUGGAAGACGGCGUCAGAACUUUAUUACAAAGUGCGGGUCUGGGCCGCUUGACACCUAACAUACUGCUCAUUGGUUACAAGAGCAGUUGGGUGAAUGCUCCUCUAAAUAAACUGAAAGAUUACGUGAAAAUGAUCCAAAUAGCUUUCGAUAAUCAAACUGCAGUCGCUGUUCUAAGAGUACCGAGAGCUAUGCACAGGCUUCGAGCACAAUCAAGGCACCAUGCUAGUCCAUCAAGCGUGGAAGCGGAAGUCCACACCGAAGUGCUCGACGUCAUGCACGCGGACUCUAAUAUGGAAAUCAUAAUUAAAACUGAGGACUCUGCUGAUGAAGGGGGAAGAAUGCCUGAGAUACACGAGUCCACUGUUCAUCCGCUUGAGGAACACAAUGUUCCUCCAAGUCGAUCUAUAACCAAAUCUGGCGUUUAUGGUCCUUUAAAUUUAGACGAGGAAAGUAAUUUAGACAGCUGGUGGUUAUAUGACGAUGGGGGACUAAACGUGCUUCUGUCUUAUAUAAUAGCGAUAAGAGGAUUCCGGGAGAAAAUGCCUUUCAGGAUAUUUGCACUUGCAAGGAGUUGUCACAGAUUAGAUGAUGUGGAAGCACGCAUGGAAGCCCUCUUGCAUAGGUUCAGAGUAGAAUACACAUCGUUAACCAUGAUCGAAGGACUGCACGAGCCACCUCGACCAGAAACCGUAGAUAUGUUUAAUUCGAUGAUACAACCUUUCAGAACUGACAACGAAAGUGAUGUGUUGAUAUCUGAUGCCGAACUAGAAAGACUUGAACAGAAAACACACAGGCAUCUUCGCCUGCGAGAGCUGCUCAUUGAACACUCUUCAAAUGCCUCCCUAAUUGUCAUUUCUCUUCCAAUGCCUAGACAAAAUUCGGUAUCAGCUGCCCUUUACAUGACGUGGUUGGAAGUGUUAAGUAAAGAGUUGCCUCCAGUUCUAUUUGUAAGAGGCAAUGAUACAUCCGUCCUCGGUGUAUAA